AUGAGAUCUAGAAGAAACACAUUUACAUAUGGUGACAUUUGUAGUACCUCUCAAUCAACCCAAGAGCAAGUGCCUCCAAUAAUAGGGACAAGUUCUACUGGCACUGAUGAUCAUCAUGAACUUGUUCCUUACUCGAAAGAUUGGACUGUAAUAUUGCGAAAUCAAGAAGCUGGUCAACUUGUUUUAUAUAAUACAUCUAAUCAUCGCGUCUCCGUAAGACGAUUACCACCAAGCGAGGUUUCUGAAACUACGCAGGCUUUAUCAUCCCCUAAUGCGUGUGUUCUGUGCCGAAGACCUUUUGACAUGUCACCUCUUUCUUCCAAUAGGCCUUCAGAACCAGAUUUUAUGGUUAGAAAUUACUUUCGUUUAUUAGAAAAUUCAGAAAAUUCGGGGAGUUCAACAUCAUCAUAUCAACCAUUUUCAUCAUUUGGGGAUUUUAUUCCGACAACAGUAAUUCCCGAAGAUCCUUCAACACUUUCACAAAGUUCUUUUAAUCAAGGGUAUUAUCAAAGAUUUUUUAUUGAAGAAAAACAAUUGGGUAAAGGAUUUCGUGGAUCCGUAUACCUUUGCAAGCAUGUCCUGGAUAAUGUGCCACUUGGUGAAUAUGCCAUUAAAAAAGUGGCUGUUGGAGAUAAUCACACUUGGUUGGUUAAAAUGUUGAGAGAAGUUCAUUUAUUGGAAAAAUUACGUCAUCCGAAUAUUGUGGAUUAUAAACAUGCUUGGUUGGAAUAUCAUAAAUUAACAAAUUUUGGACCGGAAGUGCCGUGUCUAUUUAUAUUAAUGGAAUGUGCAAAUGGAGGAAAUUUGGAAGAAUAUAUUGAAUUUAAAUCACAAGAAGGAUUUGAAGAACCAUCACUUACACCGAUUGAACGUAAACUUCGAGCCAGAAGGAUGCGAAAUAUGAAUCAUAAUAUACAUGAAGAAUCUUCGUCUUUUAAUCUAUCUGGUCCCUCAAAACAUUAUUUGAAUCUUCAAGAAAUUUAUUCAUUAUUCUUGGAUAUUUGUAAGGGAUUGGCUCAUUUACAUCAACAUGGAAUUUUACAUCGUGAUUUAAAACCUUCUAAUUUGUUGUUACAAUAUAAUGAUGAUAAUCGAGUUGGAAUACCAAGAGUUUUAAUAUCAGAUUUUGGAGAAUGUGAAAUUUUAGAUCAACUCACAGAUCGUGAUCGAACAGGUGCUACAGGAACUUUGGAAUUUAUGGCACCUGAAUUAUUAAAAGUGGACGAAAGAGGAUUAUAUCAUAAAGAUUAUUCUUCUAAAUCUGAUAUGUGGUCACUAGGAAUGGUACUUUAUUAUUUAUGUUAUUCAAGACUUCCUUAUCGUCAAAUUGAUGAUGUUGAUCUUUUAAGACAAGAAAUUAUAAAUUUCGAAAACAUAACAUUUCCUAAUAAUGAAGCCUCAUCAAGUAUAAAUUACCCAAAUCAUAAAAUUCCUCUUCAAUUAAGAAAAUUGAUUACACGUUUAUUAUCGAGUAAUCCUAAAAAUAGACCAUCAUGUAAAGAAAUUUUGGAAUCUAUUGAAUCUAUUGGAGAUACUAGAACAACUUUUACCACCGGAGAAUCCGUGCCAGUUAGUCAAAAAACUUCAAAUAUUUCGUCCAUGACGGAUGACAUUCCUCAAGCGCCAAUUCCUUCCGUUUCCGUUAAUGAAAAUCGUUUAGAACCUCCAAAACUAGUUCGUAUUCCAUCUAAUAAUAGUACGGUGUCAACGGUGUCAAGUGUGGAGGAAGUUGCAUCAACAUCAUCACAUUUCCCAACACAUCAAAAAAUGAUGUCUUCUUCUACAGAAAAUUCAUCAUCUUCAAAAGUAGAUAUGAAUUUAAGACAACGUAUAAUUACUAGAAAUCAUAAAAUAUUAAAUUCAAACAAUGAUGAUGAUAUCGAAAGGGAAAUAAUGUUUGAGUCGAAUCCACCGAUUAUUACGAAUGUUUCAAUGAAUGGAAAUUCGACCGCCAUAGUUCGUGUAACACCAUCAUCUCGAAUGCCUCAUUUUUUGAGAAUUAUCUGUUCUCAUGUAUCUGAGAGUAGUUUGAAAAUAAUAAAACUUGCAAUUGUUUUAUUAAAGGCAUGA